AUGGACAAUUCUAGUCCAGAACAAAUAGUCCGCAUAAGAUAUGCUGAAGUACUACGUAACCUACGUAGUCCUGCUGGAUCGGGCAGAAUGAUCCAAAAUUUAACUUUGUUAGCUGAAGAUCAAAGGCAAUAUGCACAUGCUAUAGCUAGUGUUAUUCUGGAAGAAAUACCACGUUCAGAUACUCCUAGAAAAUAUGUACUACUAUGUCUAGUUGAUUCUAUUGUGAGAAAGUGUCGAGCUGGGUCACAAUUCUUUCCAUAUUUUCUACCUUAUAUAGCACCAUACUUUGCAGAAGCCUAUACAAUAAAAACUCCACCAAAUAUUUUACGAUCACUAGAAAAACUACUUAAAGUAUGGUCUACUUCUUUCCCAAAAGAUAUUAUGAAGAGAUUAUUAAAAACUACAAAUGCAAUUAGAUCAAAACUUUCUGAACCACCAUUAGAUAUAACAUUAACUCCUCCUAUAUCUACAAAUACUGAUGAUACAGCAACUCAACCUAUAUUAUCCUCAGAAAAUUCUCUUACUAUUACUUCAGUUAAUAAUAUUAAAACAAAUAAUAUACCUAAACUUCAAUCAACAAAUACUUCAUUAGAAUCUGGAAGUUCAAAUAAUUCUGGUCAAAUAUCUAGUGAUGUUGCAACUCAAAUAGUAUUAACAAUACUUCAAGCAGUAGGGAUUUCAGGAGAUGAAAUAACUUUUAGAACUUUAAUAAAUGAUCCUAAUGUUCAAAGAAUUGCAAAAUUACAAUCUGAAGGUAAAACACAAGAAGCUCAACAUCUAGUUAGUUUAUUAAUAAGAAAUGUUGGAGGACUUCAACAAACAUUACCAACUGGAUGUAUAAGUGAAACUCCUAUUUCUAUAAAUAAUCAUACCCCUAUUUUAGGUGUCCAACCACAUUUUGAACAACCUAAUAAAAGAAUAAAACCAGAUCAUAUUAAUAUUAAUAAACUAAUGGAAACUCAACAAAUUAAUAACAAAAAAGUGCAUGAUAUACCUAUUCAAUCAAAACAUGUUACUUUAAAUACCCCAAUACAAACAAAUCAAACUUUACAUUUAGGAAUUAAUCAAACAACUCCAAUAGCUAAAAAGACAUUUUCACCAAGAUUUACAGAACCUUGCUCUGCAUUUACGUCUGUAUGGAUGCAAUUAUUUAAAUCAAAACCAAAUUUUAAGUUACCUAAUACAUUAGAAUUGAUUCCUCCAAGUAUAGUAGAUGCAAAGGGAAAUCAAAGUCUUUAUAUAGAAGGAUUAGAAGUUAAAGAAAUAAAUCAUUUAUUUCAAUUAUAUCAACAAUUACAAUCAAAAGUAUAUGCAUCUACCAAAUUCCGUAAAAAAGUUUGGUUACAUUCACACUUUAUUAAACGAAGAAUGGAUGGAUUUAAUGAUUUUGAUCUUCAAUCAACUAUUGGAAUGUAUUAUAGUGAUAGACCUAAUCAAUGUCAUAUUUGUGGAUUUCGUUUUAUCGAUUCAAAAAAGAAAGAGGCACAUUUACAAAUUCAUCUAACUAAAAAUUUAGUUUUAAGACAACGUAAACAAAUGGGUUCUUCUCAAACACUUUGGCCUAGUUUAGGAGAAUGGAUUUAUGGUUCUGAAGGAAAUGAUCGUAUUCCAACUAAAGAAGAACUUUUUAAUGUAAAUAAUGACUAUAUAGAUAAUAAUAUUCAUUCAAAUACUAAAAAUUUAACUCAAGAAGAUAAUAUAAUUGAUACAUCAAAUCAAAAAAUUACUUUAGAAGAUAUCCAUACAAUCCCAACAGGAUUAAUUCCUUCUGAUAAUAAAGUUAUUGAAGAUUCAAAUUCAAUAUUAUCUUGUUUUAGUAAAUUUCUUAAAAAGUCUGGUACUGAUACUACUUUUGUAAUUGCUGAUAAUCUUAUAAAAUGUGAAUCAUUAAAUGAAUAUAAUAAUCAUUCAAUUGAUUUCAUGCAAGAGAAGAAUCAAUCAAAAAUUCAAUUAUCUCCUAAAUUUAAUCAACUUCAUAAUCAUUAUGAAAUUAGAAAACAAAUAUUACAAUGUGAUAUUUCAGAUCUUAUUUCAUAUUCUCAACAAUUAAAUCCUAUGUGGAAUGAAAUGAAACAAAAUGUUAGCAUCUCAUUUGCUCCAAUAGAUACAUUUCAUUUCGUAUGUAGUAUAUGUCAUGAACCAUUGAAAAUUCAAUGGAGUUCAGAUAUAAAAUCUUGGAUUUGUCGUAAUGCAGUUUUAGCUAUCCCCUCUAAUAUGAAUUGUUAUCAAAAAUUAUCUCAACUGUUAUUAACUUCAGUUGAUUAUCCAAAAUCACAUCAACAAUUAAGUAAAAUUAAUGUUAGAGAUUCUAUUUAUAAUCAGAUGCUUGAUUUUAUUCAAUGGGAUAAUCAUGAUGAACAAACUAAUUAUCUUGAUUCUACACAAACUUAUCAAUUCAAUUCUAAUUUAUAUGAUAAUAUUAAAUAUCAAAAUAUAGAAGGAAAUCAAGCUAAAGAUCUAUGGGAUUCUUUAGGAAAUCAAUUUCAAAUAGUUCAUAAGUUAUGUUUUACCCAUUAUUCAAUGUUUACAGAUUUGGCAAAUUUAGUAGUAGAUGGAAUUAAAAAUCAAAUGGAUCAACCCUUAUAUACAAAAGAUAAUAUAGGAAAUCAAAAUAAAAUACGUAGAAAACAAAAAGUUAAAAUUAGAUCAAAUUCUGAAGUACCUAGAAAAAAAUUUUCUUCUGUACAAUAA